UGUAUCGAUUCGGGAUGAUUUACCAGGUGUGACGUGCAACAAAAGUAAAGAUCUAGCGCAACUGAACCAAAGCCCCCUCCUUCUGCCAAUACCCAGCAGCAACCCCACAGUUUUCAAAACAAAGAAAUCCACCAACAAGUAUCAAAACAAUUAAAUGUACCGAGAACGAGAACUGGUUCUUCGUAUUCCUGCGACGCUUUCCGCUACUCUAAGUUCAGCCGUCAAUUUAGUAUUUGUGGCGAAAAGAAGUUUCUUUCAUGAAGGGGCCAUGAAGAAGGAUUUCGUUACCAUUUGCAAUAGAGAAAGAGUUCAAGAGUUCAGGAGUUCACGGCAAUGUACAUUUGACAAUUUGGUGAGGAAGAGAGAUCGAGGGGCCCUAGGAUGUGUAGCUAUGCAUAGAGUUUCGACGUGAUUAAAAGGAAGAGUCCUAUUAUACUUGCGUAUCAACCAUCAAGGCACAACUAGUAGGAAG